AUGCUGUUCCGACUCGCUCUAAAACUGUGCUUCGCAUGUGUUGGGUCUCUGCUCUUCACUGCAUUUUUCAUCGCUGCGAGAAACACUCGCCGGCAGUUUUCAGAGCCAAGCAGUCACGGUAGUCGGCUGAGAAACGACAUUGUUAUGGAGAAUAUGGAAUCAGCGCAGCUACCCGGUGAGAGCUCUGAUUCACAAUCAGGUCGUCCAACAAGCCCCUUCUGGGAGACACACGUGCCACUAGAAGACGUCACCCCUGAUGUUCAGGUACGACCACCACCGCCGCCUCCAGCGCCUGAUAGCGAAAUCACACAAUCCCAAGACUUUCACGAAUUCACCCACAAUGAGAUCUUCUCCGUCUCAACCGUCGACCACAAAUACUUCUUGAUUGAGUUUGGUAUACAGGAAGCCAUAAACCCGAACAUAAUCCCCCACCCGCAAUCAAACGACAAAUGGAUCAUCGUUGCACAGAAAAGAAACAGCCACCCUUUAGAUCAGGUAUUCCACGCAGAAUUAGCCUGUGCUGCCACGUACCGGAUGGACGGGGUACUUGCAUGUGAAACCAGCCCUCUCAUCCUCCCUAUCGCUGCCACAAGGUCCGGAGAGCGAUGCAAAAAUGAAUGGGCGCCCCUGACGUUGAACAUUGGGCCUCGCGAUGCCCGUGUUUUCUACGGUCCUUCUUCGCCUUACAUAAUAUACGGUUCUAAUUCGCAGUAUACCUGCUUCGGACAAUGGGUCGUCGAUUUCCGAACGCUCGUGGACUGGUGGGAUACCAGCAAUCUCCUGAGCAGCGGCGGCGGCAGAAUCUUUCACACGCCCACUGAACUGCAGAGACAGGCUUCUUCUCCCUACGCUGAAAUCGAGAAGAAUUGGUUUAUCUUCUGGGAUGCUAAUGAACAGCCGUAUGUUCAUUACGACAUUUCCCCGCGUCGUUCAAUCGCCCAAAUCAAUGUAGAUGGAUCGGUGGGCGCUGUUGACCUUGCAGUGUUAUCAGCGCCAGACGAUAACAAAUGUCUGCUCAAAUACAUGCCCAAGAUGCUGGAUGUAGGCAACGAGUUUAUCCAUCAGGCUACAAACUCGCUGUCAAUAACCUUGUGCCAACGGUCCGAGUUGGGCUGCGAGCCAAAUGACUCGAAUACCUUUGUUCUUGUCAUAUUCCACAAGAAGGUGCAUCGUGGUCUGUUGAGUACCUAUGAGCCGUAUGCUAUGCUCUUUCGCCGUGUGUCGCCUUUCCAGAUCCAUGGUGUCUCUAGGAAGCCAUUGUGGAUUCAUGGUCGGAGUCAUGAAAUGAUGGUCUAUCUGACCUCGAUGAAUUGGAAGAGUCAUGGUCAGAAGUAUCAUGGGUAUAGUGAUGAUGUGAUUUUCUUGGCUUUUGGGAUUGAUGAUGAGAGGACAGGCGGUAUUGAUGUGUUGGCGAGCGAUUUGUUGAAGGAUAUGGACCUUUGCAUGCAUGAUUGA